AUGGGAGAGCAGAACCUCAGGGGCCACAUGCACCUGUGCAUCUUAGUGACUGUGUUAUUGCAUCCUGUGCUGUUAUCUCCUGUUACAGAACAAGAUAUUGCUCUCUUAUCCGGCCAAUCAGAAGCACCUCACUGCUUUACCAGAACUUUCAGUGACCUCACAUGUUACUGGGAAUCAGAUGAACUGGAAAAUCUGAAAACUGAUGAAGCAAGUAACUCCUCGUAUGGUUUCUAUUAUUACUACGAUGGGGAACCAGAGAAGGAAUGCUCACUUGACAAACAGCAUAGCACCCACACUAUCUAUGUUUGCCCUUUUCCUACUGACGAUGUACUUAUGUACAAUAACUUGUAUCUGUUGAUUAAGGACAGAGAGAAAACUCUUCACUCCAGCAAAAUAGAGGUGGAAAACAUUGGAUUAAUAGAUUAUCCGGAAGACAUACGUGCAGUCUGGAUGAGUCAUUCAAAUACAUUUUGGGUAAACUGGAAGGCCCCGGCAAAUGAGUUCAAAGAAUUUUUUAAGUAUCAGAUCCAGUUUUGGCCGACAAACACAUCAGAAGGGCACCGUCAGAUUGUAGAGACAGAAAAGUGUUUUGUGAGCCUUGUGGGCCUCCAGGCUGGUUUACGUUAUUAUCUCCGUGUCCGUACUAAGCCCAACGGGGUGGACUCAGUAGAUGGAUAUUGGGGCCACUGGUCAGAUGUCAUCACAUUUCUCACCCCUCACUCUGCAGAUGAGAUUGAGCUACAGUGUUUCACCUCUGACCUGUCUCAGAUGUGCUGUAAUUGGAAUAAGGCCCUAAAUCUACAUUCUUCACAGCAACUUUUAUAUAAGUAUGGGGGUCAGGAGUGGCAGCGCUGUGAGGAGCUUAUAAACAGGACAAACUGUCUCUGUGUAUUCAAUGUAAGAAAUGAAAGUGCUAUUUCUGUGUUAUUGAACAUAUCAGAAACUCAACAAGUGAAAAAGUACUACCAACCUCCCUUCUGGAUGCACCAUGUUGUGCUUCCCCCCACACCAGAAUUCACAGUGAAACAGCUGCCGGGUGCCAAAUUGGAAAUAAAUUGGUCUAUUCCUCUGCCAGACCUAGAGAAAGACUUGGUGUACCAAAUUCGCUUCUCUCAGGAUGGGAAUACAUUGUGGAAGACACUUAAUGUUCCGCCUGGAGCCCAGCAUGAAGUUUUGGAUAUGGUCCCUGGUUCCCACUACACAUUGCAGAUGAGGGCAAGUCCCAGUGGAGACAGGCUGCAGGGACUCUGGAGUCCGUGGUCUUCUGAAAUUCAUAUCCAGCAGCCCUCCAGUAACGGCUGGACCAUCAUCCUAGCGGCAUUGUCCUUGCUGUUGGUUCCAGGCGCUCUUAUCUGUAUUCGAUGCAUGUUCCCUUCAGUCUGCAGAAAGCUGAAGGACAAGCUGUGGCCUCCGCUGCCAAAUCUUCAUCGUGUGUUGGAUACGUUUUUAAAUGAAAUGCAGAAACAGUACAAGCAAAGUUCUACUCUCUAUGAGAAGCCAAUGGAGGAAUCACCGCAAUCCUUCUGUCUGGAGAUUGUAUGUGCAGAAGCUCAGCAUACAAGUAGGGACUAUGUGCAACUCUCACCCCCAACGUACCAUAAUGAAGAGUAUUGGCCUAAACAGGAUCUUCCGGUGCUCAGCCCAGCACUGAACUCUAUUAGUAAAAACCAUCCAGCCAGUGACAUCAUCAACCAGACGUACCUGCACAUGGGCUGGAACCAGUAAACCUCUGCUGUUUAUAUAGCAACAACGUUGGUUA